AUGGCCGCGUCCUCCUCUCCCGGCGCAUCUCCGCCGCAAUCGCCUUCGAGGAUUUCCCUAGUCUGCGACCCCUUGCAUCGCCGGUACGUCAAGAUUCCCCGCAUACUGGACGACCUACUGGCGGCCUCCACCCCAGACAAUGGUACGGCGCGGCAUCUGUUACCCGUUCUGGCUCCAACCGGUGACAAUGACGAGGAGGAAUCGUUCAGAGUUAUAUGCACUGUGCAGGACAAAGGCAAACGCAAGGUCAUGGCUUUCGUCUUCUCUUCCUGCAACCAGACGUGGCAAGGUAUUAUAAGCACGAUCUAUUUGCCUAAUGGAUUUAUUGGAUGCAAGCCCUACUAUGCGCACGGCUGCUUGUUCUGGAUGUUCUUUGGCAAGGGCUAUUCGCUAAUGCUUGAUACAAGUGAGAUGAAAUCCUCCAUCAUUGACCUCCCGCCCCACAAUUUUGAUUUUGGUUCAAUGCAUGCCAUUGUCGAGGCAGAGGACGGCAGACUCGGGUUCUUAACUAUUGGUGAUGGCACAAUUGGCCUGUAUUGCAAGAAUUGGCAAAGCAAUGGUGUUGGCGCACAAGAGUGGCAGCAUGACAAACUGAUUCCGUUGCCCAAAGACUCUGGGGUCAACUAUAGUUGGGACAUUGUGGGCACAGUAGGGCGUUAUGUAGCUCUAGUGGCUCAUGACCCAAUCUGUGAUGAGUCGUCGCCAAAUUCUGAACUUUUUGUACUGGACAUUAAGACAUUGCUUGUUGAGAAGCUCUGCACCUUGAACGAUGGCAUGUUCUGUGGUUUUCCUUAUGCAAGAUUUCCACCACCGUUGGCACUGCCAAGCAUAUGA